AGUCUACUCUGAAAAAUUAUCUUACGCAGUUUAUCAUUAAUUACCAUGAAACGAAUUUUAAAUUUUUUAGUCAUUUUAUUGACUACGCUCUCAAUUGUUAAUGCUGUUAACAUCCCACUUCGUAAAAGAGCUAUUGCCUUUGCUGCAUGUCCUUCAGGAUCUCCACAAUUUACUGCAGCAUCAAUUGACCCUGACCCUCCUGUAGCUGGGAAAACCGCGACUGCUAAAAUUUCCUUCACUGUACCAGCCAACUUUGAAAGUGGUAAAUUUGCUGUCGAUGCUACUCCUGAUGGUGGUAAAUCUAUAGAUGGUUUCCCCAAGGCGCAAGAAGUUUGUACUAUCGAAGGAAUUAAAUGUCCAAUAGCAGCUGGAAGUACAGUUGAAAUCGAAACUCUUGUGACAAUACCAGAUGAUGUUCCUGACACAUACACUCUUGAAUAUUCAAUUGUGGAUGGUACUGGCAAAGAGAUAGCCUGUUCCUCUGGUCCUGUCACUGGGGCGGCUAAAGCACCAGGUGGAAAAGGUCCAGGUCCAGAUGAUGGAGGUCCAGGUGGAAAAGGUCCAGGUCCAAAUGAUGGAGGUCCAGGUGGUCCAGGUCCAGAUGAUGGAGGUCCAGGUGGAAAAGGUCCAGGUCCAGAUGAUGGAGGCCCAGGUGGAAAAGGUCCAGGUCCAGAUGAUGGAGGCCCAGGUGGAAAAGGUCCAGGUCCAGAUGAUGGAGGAGCACCAGCUAAAGGUCCUAAAGGUCCUAAAGGUCCAGAUGGAGGUCCAGAUGGAGGUCCAGACGGAGGUCCAGCAGGUAAAGGUAAAGGUAAAGGAGGUCCAGGAGGUCCAGGAGGUCCAGGAGGUCCAGGUGGUCCAGGUGGUCCAGAUGGUGGAGACGGAGGUACACCACCCUAAAGAUCAAACUUUCGUAUACAAACCUUUAUCUGACCAAUUGUUUGAUAUAUGUAUAUUUUUUCUAAUUUUUUUUUUGUAUAAUAGUUUUAUAAUACUUACAUAAAUAAGGAAUAUUUUGAAUUCCAAAUCAUAUGAAAAUAAUAUAGUUAAAAAAAUCCAAGUACGUGAAUUUAACUGCCAAAGUUUGUAAGUUCAUUAAAAUUUAUAGUUAUAAAAUUAGUAUUAAAAGAGAAUAUUUUAACAAAAUGUAGUCUAAUGAUUUACGGUUAAUUUUUAAAGUAUUAUUUUUAUUUUAUUUUUUUAAUAAAUAAUAAAUCAUUAUUAUUUU